UCACAGUGUGAACAGUGUUAUAAGACGCCAGCGGGGUGACAUGACCACAUUACACACAACCCUUCAUCAUGAGACUCUUGCUUCUUGUCACAACUCUGCUCCUUCUGGCGGCGUUGGCGUCAGCACAGCUGUGUGUACCUGACUGCACGAACAUGCAUGAGGGAGAUAAGGUAUUCGACCCCACCAACUGCCUCCGCUUCUACUACUGCAGCGACCCCGACAAUAAUGGUCACCUGGUGCCCUCAUCCGAGCCAAUUACCUGUCCUGAAGGGUACUACUUCAACAACGCCCGCACCGUGAAGGAGUGUGAGAGGGUAGAUCCCAACAGUAACUACUGCACCGGACUCUGUAACCCCUGUUCCCUCGAAUGUGGUGAACCAGGCACGCUGAUUGCUUACCCAAUGGACUGUACCAAGUAUCAGAUCUGCCUUGAAGAUAAGCAUGUCCUUCUGGCAGACUGUCCAUCUGCAACUCCUUUCUUUGACUUCAAGACAGGGGAUUGCACAAAUGAUAUGUCCCUUUGCUACGACGUCUGUGACCCUUGCCAGGUGUAUUGUGUCAAGAAGGGCAAAGUCCCUAACCCCCAAGACUGCAUGUCCUACUACUACUGCGACCCUCCCCUGAUAUCAGCCUUCGACUGCCCCGACGGCGAAUUCUUUAGCGUAACACUUCUCCAGUGUGAGAAGAAACACUCUGGCAACUGUACUAAUAUCUGUUAAGGUGUGAUGUUGUGACCAGUUAGUAAAUAUUUAGUUUCAGAAGGAAUGUU